AGGACGGGAACGCGACCUCCCCUUCCUUCGCCUGCAGAUGACCUUGAGCGUCCGAGGCGGAUGUGAGAGCCUCUCUCUCGUCCCGAUGUGAAAACAACCGUCUAAACAUAACAGAUGACAUCAGCUCGGGCUUUUCAAUUCCUGGAUGGCAGCGGAGCGCUGAUGCGACCUCCAUCCUGGAUUUUAUAAACCCUAACGAGAGGGAGAGGCUGGCAGGACUGUCAGAUUUAGGAAACGGAUGACAGCGGAGCAUGGGGGCAUAGAGCUCGUAAAGUCGUCGGCUGACUCAGCCUGUCACUCUGGAUUCUCCGGCUCCUCUUUCCUUCAGGGGAGACCGUCGGGACUGAAAGUCGAGCAUCCCUCCUGGAAGCCAGCCGGGCCCGAGGAGACAUGAACGGCGUCUUGCUGCUGACCACAUUCCUGGUACCCGUGCAUCUGGGGGUAGGCAGGAGGGCCAACUAUGCCGUAGACUGCCCCGAGGACUGCAACCGCAAAGAGUGCAUGAGCCCUCAGCGUUGUAAGAAGACGGUCCUCGACGACUGUGGGUGCUGUAGGAUCUGUGCGGCUGGACCCGGGGAGACCUGCUAUCGCACCGUCUCUGGCCUGGACGGGGCCAAGUGCGGGCCUGGUCUCAGGUGUCACUUCCACGAAGAGGAGGAUGACUUCGGAGACGAGUUUGGCACCUGCAGAGCGUGUCCUUUUGGUAGCUACGGAGUGGAAUGCAGAGAAAUCUGCAAGUGCAAGUCUGGUCUCUGUGACAGGGUGACGGGCAAGUGUUUCACAUUCUUUGAGGAAAUUUCCAAAAGGAGGAAUCCCGCUUCUCAAACCGAGCACGACAUGGCAUCCGGAGAUGGGAAUCUGGUCAAAGAGGAGCACACAAGAGGGAAAACUGAUCGCUCUCCCGGCCUGAAGUGGCUAAAUCCACGCUGAUGUCGGUUUGCUUCUGGGAUUUCUGAAAGUGCUUGAUGCAGGUGCUCAUCGAGAGAUCCAAGUAGACGUUUAGCAUAGGAAAUGUAAUGGCUGGAGAUCAAUUGGGAUUCCGUGCAGCUUCAGAAAAAUAAGGUCAUCCAACUUUCAGAAAUACCCCAUAAAUCGCCCGGACAGAACACUUUUAGAUGAUUUGUUCUUCUGGUCAUGAUUUGAACGCAAAUUCUAUUUGAAAGCCGAGGCUAUUCUAAUUGUUUUAAAGGUAUGGAUAAACCGAAGGAGGACAAAGGAUAAUCCAAAAAUGUUCAAGGGAUGACGUGCCAGGCAAAGGGAGGGUUCCCCCCUAAAAAGCUGUCACCCCUAGUCGGCCUUUCCAGCUGCGUCAGGGGAGACAAAAGUCCACCAGGCCCUUGGGCUGAGGGGUUGAUAUUUGUGCCAUCCUUCAUCGUGACCUCGGUGCCCUAGGUCUUCCUUGGGGUCAAUGCAAUAGGAGCCAGAUGGGAUCUUCCACGCUGAGAAAUGAAAAAAAAAAAAA